UACGCGUGUAAAGAAAUUUAUUCCAGGUUAUCAUUGUGUAGACAUUUCGAGUUUUAUUUUUACUAAUUAAUUAUUAGUUAACUUAUCCAUAAAUACUUGCUGUGAUAUUUUGAGACCAAGUUCCAAGAAUUUGUUCAACAUUUUUUUUCUUUCGAUAAAAUACAAUUGAUACGGAUAUCGUGCAUUUAAAUUAAUUAUUUAAACAUUUUUUUCAGUAUUAACUGUUAUAAUUUUUCUCAUAAUGACUUUAACACAUUAUUAAAUAAAUUUUUUGUAAUGUGAUGGAAUAUGCUGCAAGUGAUGAUGAUAUUAUAAAAGAUUCAAAAGAAAAGACUUCUUUAAAAUUAAUACUUAAAAAAUAUUUUAAUAACAAUUCAACAAUUUCAAAUAAAUUAAAGUACAUAUGCUUUGCAUGUUUAUUUUUAACUAUUGCAACAAUCAGUGGUGUUCUUGUUUACAAAAACAACAUUUUUAUCCAUAUUCAACGAAGAGAACUUCUUAAUAGAGAUGAUCCUAAUUAUUAUGUCGUUACUCCAAUAAUUCAUGUAACACAACCGCCUCUUUCACAUCAGGAACAAAAAGAAGAUGAAAAAUUAAAUGAGGAGGGUCUCAAUCCAUUCAAAGGUCAAAGUGUCAAAAUCUCACCAGAUUUAGAAAGUGAUAGAGAAAAUUCAUCAAUAAAGAAUAUUUUUUCUGAGCAGAAACGAUUAAAAUUUCAUCGUUUAGUUGCUGAUAAAAUUUAUGCCUCAAAUAUUCUUGAAAAUCUAGAAUAUUUGACUAAAUCUGGUCAUUUGGCUGGAACUCGUGAAAACAAUGUUCGAGCAGAUUGGAUUGCUUCCCAUUUUAAAAGCUAUAAUUUAGAUAAAGUUAUGAUUAAAACAUAUGAUGUCCUACUUUCAUAUCCACUUGGUCCAGGUAAUAUAACAUUGUUUGAUAAACAUGGAAAAGUUUCUGAAAAGUUUUCUGUUACUGAAAAGAUAUUAGAUGAUUUUGAAAGAAAUGAUACUAAAAGCAAGAUUUACCCACCCUUUUUGGCAUACAGUGCCUCAGGUGUUGUUGAGGGUGAAAUUGUUUAUGCAAACUUUGGCACUGAACAUGAUUUCAACAAAUUGGAGGAAAUGGGAAUUGAUUUAAGCAAUAAAAUUGUUCUAGUUAGAUAUGGUACUAUAUCAAGAAAUAAAAAGAUUAAGUAUGCUGAAAAAAAAAAUGUUUCCGGAAUUAUUCUAUUUUCUGAUCCUGACACUUAUGCGCCUACUGGUGUUUUCUACCCGGAUUCUUGGUAUCUACCUCCAGAUGGUGUCCAGAGAGGUACAUUAUUGCGAAUGAGAGGAGAUCCAUUAACAAGAGGGUAUCCAUCGCUUGAUGGCUUGUACAAGCGUCCAAUAGAAGAAGUAACUUACUUUCCUAAUGUACCUGUGCAGCCAAUAGGAUUUGGUGAUGCAGAAAAGAUUUUAAAAAUACUAGAUGGCGCAUCUCCACCAAGCAAUAGAUGGGAUGGUGCUUUGAAUUUAACUUAUCAUCUAACAUCUAAAGAUAAAAGAAAAGUUCGACUUCACGUAAAUGUAACACGAGAGGUUCGUUCAAUAAAAAAUGUCAUUGGAGUAAUCCGCGGUGCAAUUGAACCAGAUAGAAUAAUUAUUGUUGGAAAUCAUCGUGAUGCAUGGACAUAUGGUGCUGCAGAUCCAUCAUCUGGGACAGCAGUAAUGAUGGAAGUAUCAAGAGCAUUAGGAUGGCUUAAAAAAAAACAUGGCUGGCAACCUCGCAGAACAAUCUUGAUAUGUAGUUGGGAUGCAGAGGAGUAUGGUUUGUUAGGUUCAACGGAAUGGGCACAGGAGUAUGCAAAGAUCUUGACACACCAAGCAGUUGCAUAUAUCAAUGUUGACACAGCUGUGCAAGGGAAUCACACAAUUGAGUUAAAAUCCACUCCUGAGCUAGUUGAUGUUUUCUUUGAUGCAGCUAAAAAGUUUAAAGAUCCUGAUAGUGCUGAAAAUCUAUACACUACCUGGGUUAGAAAACACAAAGAAGAUAAAGAAGACAAGCGAAGAGAACCAAGAGUGAAAAUGUUCCGAGAAGGUAGUGAUUAUAUGCCAUUCUACGGUGAUCUGGGUAUACCUUCUAUGGAUUUUAGGUACAUGUUUAACACUAAAGAAGCAGGUGUGUUUCAUUAUCCAGUCUAUCACACAUUACAUGAUAAUAUUGCAUGGAUGAAAAAAUUCGUUGAUCCAGACUUUCGUUAUCACACUACUUUGGCCAAAGUAUGGACGCAAGUUAUACUUUCACUUGCUGAUACAACCCUGCUUCCGUUCAAUUUUAUUCGUUACAGUAACAGUUUGAAAUAUAGAGUGCAUCAAAUGGCUGAUGUUGUAAAAGAAGAAGGGCUUGAUGAUAUUGUAGAUUUUACUUUAUUGAAGAGUGUUGUAGAAGAGUUAAGCAACGUCACGCAAAUCUUUCAUGACAACCUUAAAGAUCUUGAUAAAUCAGAUGCGCUUGCUGUUCGUUGCGCUAACGAUCAAAUGAUGAUGUUUGAAAGAACUUUUGUGACCUCUGAAGAUAUUCCAGGAGAAAAGUCAACUAGACAUAUUUAUCACACUGCCGGUCUCGUGAAAGCAUUACGCGCUCUUCUGAAAAAUCGACGUUCCGCGUACCUUCUUAGGGAGUUUAAAGUUAAAUAUUCUAUUUAUACUUAUCAUGUAAUGAUGGCCGUACACGCCCUUAAAAAUCCUUUUACUAGUUUUGAUGACUUUAAUUAACGCCUGGGUGUCUAAAUUUGUAAAAAGUUAUUUAUUUUAGGAACAACAAUAAUUUAUUUUUAAACAAUUA